AACAUCAAUAUACUGUGUAACGGAAUGAGUCCGGUAGCUUCAACGAGGUGGUGCCCGACGCCGGAACAACUGAUGAUCUUGGAAGAGAUGUACGGAAGCGGUAUACGGACUCCUAAUGCCGUGCAGGUACAGCAGAUCACAGCUCACUUAGCUUUCUAUGGACGCAUCGAAGGCAAAAACGUCUUUUACUGGUUUCAGAACCAUAAGGCGAGAGAUAGACAGAAGCUGAGAAAGAAACUCGCUAAGAAACUUCACCAACAACAAAAUCAUCUCCAGCUCCAGCUCCAACAAAUUAAACCCAGACCAAUAUCGAUGAUGUCUCCACCACUUAAUAACAUCAUUGAGUAUCAAAAUCCUUGCCAUCAUCACCAUCGUCCCUAUGAUCAUAUGUCUUUCGCUUGCUGGUCUCAGCCUUCUCCCAUUUGUCUUUCUCAUGAGGGAACUGGAGUAGAAAUACAAAGUAAAGUGGUGAAUGAAUAUUAUCGAAACAAAAGUGGACCUGGAGAUAUGUUGAUGCCAAAACGAAUCAAGGGUCAAAACUCAUCGUACGGUCAAGAUUGGAUGAUGAUGGAUAUGGGCACACGACCAUCAUAUCAUUCAUCAUCAUCAUCAUCAUCACACAUUCCAUGUUACAACAUGAUGAUGAACAGUCCGAAGAUACCACUAAAAACCCUUGAACUCUUUCCAAUCUCACCCAUCAACUCGAAACAAGACAGUACCAAACUUUAAAGAAAAGACAACAUUUACAAAAGAGAUUCUGCAGGUGUUUCAUUCAUGUGUCAUAUAGAUCUCUCUCUCUCUCUCUCUCUCUCUCUCUC